CCCACGUUCCGGGCGGCGGCCGCUGAAGCCGAGGAUGAAGAAGGAGCAGGUGCUGCGCUGCCAGUUCUCCUCGUGGUACCCGUUGUUCCGGAGCCUGACCAUCAAGAGUGUUGUCCUCCCGCUGCCUCAGAAUGUGAAGGAUUACCUCCUGGAUGACGGUACGCUGGUGGUCUCUGGAAGGGAAGAGCCGUCAGUGCGAGCUCAGCCAGACAGUGAUGACGAGGCAGAGGAAAUCCAGUGGUCUGACGAUGAGGACACGACCACACUGACGGCCCCAGACUUCCCUGAGUUCGAGGCCCGCGUGCAAGAAGCCAUCAAUUCGCUGGGUGGCAAUGUGUUUCCCAAGCUGAACUGGAGCGCCCCCCGGGAUGCCUACUGGAUAGCCAUGAACAAUUCUCUCAAGUGCCAGACCCUUAGCGACAUCUUCCUCCUGUUCAAGAGCUCCGACUUCAUUACGCGGGACUUCACGCAGCCGUUCAUUCAUUGUACGGAUGACUCCCCGGAUCCAUGUAUGGAGUAUGAGCUUGUUCUUCGGAAAUGGUGUGAACUAAUCCCCGGGGCUGAGUUCCGGUGUUUCGUGAAGGAAAAUAAGCUCAUAGGUGUGUCCCAGCGGGACUACACACAGCACUAUGACCAUAUCUCCAAGCAGAAGGACAAGAUCUGCCGGAGCAUCCAGGACUUCUUCACCAAGCACAUCCAGUACAAGUUCCUGGACGAGGACUUCGUAUUCGAUAUCUACCGGGACAGCAGGGGCAAGGUGUGGCUCAUCGAUUUCAACCCCUUUGGGGAGGUGACUGACUCACUGCUGUUCACUUGGGAGGAGCUGAUGUCCAGCAGAGACCAGGGAGGAGACGCCAGCGAGCAGGACUCCCCUGAGUUCCGGUGUACUGACAGCGAGGCUACGGUGCAGCCCAGCCCCUACCUCAGCUACCGGCUACCCAAGGACUUUGUGGACCUAUCCACGGGGGAGGACGCCUACAAGCUCAUAGACUUCCUGAAGCUGGUAACAGACUGCCACUCCACCACCCCUCCCUGUUCCUGACCGGCCUGUGCCGCUUCCUAACAGUCCAACUAGUCCUGUUUCAUGAUGAACUGCACCCUGUGCGCUGAGUUACUAGCUAGUAUAAUAGAGCAGGG